ACAAACGAGUCGAGCCUCAAGAUAUACAUAUAUACAGUAUACACACAACUUGCAAUUCCUUACCUUUCUUACUAAGUUUCUCUCUUCUCAUAUAUCUUAUUCCUACUCUUCCUGUGUUGAGAUCAUGGCGGCAGUUGGGGGUGAAGCUUUUCUCUCUGCUUUUAUUGGAGUUGUUAUGGACAGGCUGGCUUCUCCUGAGUUUGCCAACUUCAUCCGAGGGAAGAAGUUUGACGAUAAUUUGCUCCAACGGCUGAAGAACACUUUUUAUGCUGUUGAAGCAGUGAUGAACGAUGCUGAGCAGAAACAGAUCAAGGACCCUGCAGUGAAGAAGUGGCUCGAUGACCUCAAAGAUGCUGUCUAUGUUGCUGAUGACUUUCUGGAUCAUGUUUCUACUAAAGCUGCAACUCGAAAGGAGGAGGUAAGCAACUUCUUCUCUCGCUACUUCAAUUUUCAAGACAGGGACAUGGUUAAUAAGUUGGAAGACAUAGUUGGAAGACUGGAAUCUAUUUUCAAACUCAAAGAUACUCUUGGUCUUAAAGAGGUUGCUAGGGAGAACUAUUCAUGGAGACUCCCAUCUACCUCUCUUGAUGAUGGGUUUAAUAUCUAUGGCAGGGAUCAAGACAAAAAGGUCAUCCUCAAAUUAUUGUUAGAUGGUAAUAUGAGUGAUGGUAAAGUAGGUGUAAUACCUAUUGUUGGUAUGGGUGGGGUGGGAAAAACAACUUUAGCCCAACUCGUCUAUAAUGAUGAAAAAUUAAAGCAGGAAUUUGAUUUACGAGCAUGGGUUUGUGUUUCUGAUAAGUGUGAUAUUCUCAAGGUUACUAAGACUAUCAUAGAGGCAAUUACCAAAAGUAAUUGUGGUUUGAACGAUCUAAAUUUACUCCAUCUUGAAUUGAAGGAAAAGUUGGUGGGGAGGAAAUUCUUAAUAGUUUUGGAUGAUGUUUGGAUGGAGGAUUAUGUUGAAUGGAAUUCUCUUAUAAAACCUCUUCAAUUCGGAACUAAGGGAAGCAAAAUUCUCGUGACGACCCGCAUUGAAAAAGUUGCUUCUCUAAUCCAAACUUUCCAAAGUUAUCAUCUAAAACAAUUGUUGGAUGAAGAUUGUUGGUUAGUCUUUGCGAACCAUGCAUGUUUUUCAUCAGCAUCUAAUGGGAACACAACUCUUGAAAAAAUUGGCAGAAAAAUUGUUAGAAAGUGUGAUGGAUCACCUUUAGCAGCACAAUCACUCGGAGGCUUAUUGCGAGGCAAGCAUGAUAUCAAAGACUGGAAUAAUAUAUUAAGUUGUAACAUUUGGGAACUUUCUGAAAAUGAGAGCAAGAUUAUUCCGGCACUGAGAAUUAGUUAUCAUUAUCUACCUCCGUGUUUGAAACGUUGCUUUGUUUAUUGUGCGUUGUAUCCUAAGGAUUAUAUGUUUGAAAAAGAUGAAUUAAUCUUGUUGUGGAUGGCAGAAGAUCUUUUACAGCCUUCAAAAAGUGGAAAGACUUUAGAAGAAGUCGGUUGUGAGUAUUUUGAUGAUUUGGUUUCAAGAUCAUUUUUUCAACGUCUUGGCACUUCAAAGCGUUAUUUUGUGAUGCAUGAUCUUGUCCAUGAUUUAGCGAUCCUACUCGGUGGAGAAUUCUACUUUAGAUCCGAAGAACUUGGGAAAGAAAUUAAGAUUUGUGUGAAGACUCGUCAUUUGUCAUUAAGUGGGUUAAGUGAUGAAGUCUAUGAAAAUUCUGAUUUUUUUGGUAGAGUUAAAUUUUUAAGGACACUCUUACCAAUUCAUAUUAAAGAAUCUCCAUUCAACAGUGAAAAGGCAGCAUGCAUCAUUAUGUCCCGUUUGAAGUACUUAAGAGUCCUGUCAUUUGGAAGAUUUGUGGAACCAUUACCAAAUUCAAUAGGUGAAUUGAUUCAUUUGAGAUAUUUGGACCUCUCUUACACAUUAAUAAAGACAUUACCGGAGUCAUUGUGUAACUUAUACAAUCUACAAACUUUGAAAUUGGGCGGGUGUUCAUUGCUGACUAUGUUACCUGAUGGCAUGUACAAUCUUGUAAAUUUGCGUCAUCUUGAUAUUUGGGGAACUCAAAUAAAAGAGAUGCCCAAAGGAAUGAGUGGAUUAAAAAAUUUGCAGCAUUUAAGUAAGUUUAUUGUGGGCAAGCACGAAGGGCAGAAGAUCAAAGAACUGGGAAAGCUUUCAAAUUUACAUGGAUCACUUAACAUUUGCAAUUUGCAGAAUGUUGCCAAUGGUAAUGAAGCGUUGGAGGCAAAGUUAACAGAUAAGAAAAACCUUGAUAGGUUACGCUUGUAUUGGUCUCUUAAGAGCCAUUUUACAGACUCCCUAGCUGAAAUGGACAUUCUUGACAAGUUAGAACCACACCAAGACCUGAAGCAUAUAUCAAUAUCUGGUUACAUGGGCACAAAAUUUACAAAAUGGGUUGGACGUUCUUCCUACCACAACAUGACUUCAAUAUGUCUAUCUGAUUGUAAGAACUGCUGCAUGCUUCCUUCACUUGGACAACUGCCCUCUCUCAAGACACUAUAUAUUUGCCAAUUGAACGGGUUGGAGACUGUUGGUGUUGAAUUUUUGAAGAGCGAUGAAUCCUUUUCAGGGACAUCUUUUCCCUCCCUACAAUCUCUGACAUUUGAAGACAUGCCGAGUUGGGAGGUGUGGCGUCCAUUCGAAUCAAAUGCUUUUCCUCAACUAAAGAAGCUCUCAAUAAGCUAUUGUCCCAGAUUAAGGGGAGAUUUGCCAUAUAACCUUCCAGCUUUGGAAUCACUUGAUAUUAGCAGUUGUGAGCAGCUUGUUUCUUCUCUUCCAAGGGCUCCUGUCUUGCGUUGUUUAAUCAUAGAGGAAAGCAAUAAAGCAUCAUUGCGAGAGAUACCUCUUUCGGUGGAAGAUCUACGAAUCGAAGGAAGCGAGGUGGUGGAGUCUAUGUUUGAGGCCAUUACCAUCCCCCAACCAACUUCUCUUCAAUGUUUAGAGAUAUGGAGCUGUUCAUCUGCAAGAUCAUUCCCGGGAGAUUGUUUACCUCCAUCAUUGAAGAAGUUGAUUAUUUUUAAUUUCAGGAAGCUAGAAUUUCCAAAGCAGCAGCACGAGUUACUUGAGUCUUUGUUUAUAAAUAGUUGCUGUGAUUCUCUCACAUCCCUUCCAUUGGAGAGCUUUCCAAAUCUCCAUUCUCUCACGAUCAGAAACCUUGAAAAUCUGGAAAGUCUUUCAGUGCAAGAAGUUGCUCUCACAGAUUUCGUCAUAGAUGGCUGCCCCAAAUUUGUAUCAUUCCCAAGAGAAGGAUUGUCUGCUCCCGGUAUGAUUGAAUUCUCCGUCUCGAAUUGCGACAAGUUAAAGUCAUUACCUUGUCACAUGAGCACUCUUCUCCCAAAGUUAGAAUCUCUCAAGAUAGACAAUUGCCAAGAAAUUGAGUCAUUUCCUAGUAUGCCGCCUAGCUUGAGAUCACUUGAGAUUGGUAAUUGUGAGAAAUUAAUGAGGAGUCCUUCCCUAGCUUCGGUGGACAUGCUCACCCGUCUUACCAUUAAAGGUCCAUGUGACGGUGUCAAGUCCUUCCCGGAGGAGGGUUUGGUGUUGCUGCCUCCAUCCCUUACUUCCCUGGAGUUAGUUAAAUUAACAAGUAUGGAGACGUUGGAGUGCAAGGGGCUUGUCCACCUCACCUCCCUGCAACAAUUAACAAUUGACCGCUGUCCGAAGCUGGAGAAUGUGAUGGGAGAAAGGCUGCCUGCCUCUCUAAUAAAACUUCAAAUCACUGAGUGUCCUCUGUUGAAAGAACAUUGCCAAAUGAAGCACCCGGAAAUUUGGCCCAAAGUUUCCCACAUCCGAGGCAUUAAGGUUAAUGGAAGACCGAAGAUGUAUUCCUUGAGCUAAUUACUAAUUACUCAAUCUCAAGCCGGAGGAUAUGGUGCGGAAUAUGCUGCCUGCUGCUCUAAGAAAACUUGAAAUGUCUCCUGGGAGAAUGAUGUAAAAUGAAACACAUGCAAAUUUGGCCCAAGUUUUCCCACAUCUAAAGCAUUAUGGUUAAUGACAGAUGAAUUUCUUGAACUUGAACUGGGAUUAUCAGUAGGCAAUUAGUCUGCUCUUCAUCGAGUAAAUGCCACUUGCCCAAUUUCACA